AUGUUGACAGAAUGUCGAACAGGAUCCUCUAUUCAAACAGUCAAAAAGGGACUUGCUGUUAUAAACACAUUUGGUCCAGACAACAUCAUUGCCAUUGGUGGUGGAAGUGCAAUGGAUGCGGCUAAGAUCAUAUGGCUGUUAUAUGAACACCCCGAAGCUGAUUUCUUCAACAUAAAGCAAAAGUUCUUGGACUUGAGAAAGAGAGCAUUCAAAUUCCCAACAAUGGGCAAGAAGGCAAGACUCAUUUGCAUCCCAACUACAUCAGGAACUGGUUCUGAAGUCACUCCAUUUGUUGUCAUCUCGGACACUGGCAAGAAGUAUCCAUUUGCGACUUACUCAUUGACUCCAUCGGUUGCUAUCAUCGACCCAAUGUUCUGUGUCUCAUUAACAAAGAGAGUUAUAGCGGACUGUGGUAUCGAUGUGUUGGUUCAUGCAAUUGAGGCUUAUGUCUCAGUUAUGGCAAAUGAAUACACAGACGGUCUUGCUAAAGAAGCAGUCAAAUUAGCCUUCGACAACUUGGUCAAGUCAUACAAUGGGGAUUUGAUCGCACGAGAGAAGAUGCACAACGCAGCUACCAUUGCUUUUUCUUCCGCGUUCUUUGGGAUUGCUCACUCAACGACUCACAAAGUUGGAGCUGUUUUCCAUGUUCCAAAUGGUAAAUGUGUUGCAGUCUUAUUGCCACGUGUUAUUCGAUACAACUGUGUUGUCCCAAGAAAGUUGGUGAUGUGGCUAAAGUACAGCAUUUAUGUUGCAGACCAGAGAUAUCAACAACUUGCACAACUAAUUGGGUUGAAAGCCGAGACUGCGGCUGAGGGUGUUGAAUUGUUUGCCAAAGCUUGUGAGAAGUUGUUGAAAGACACCGAGACAAUUACUGGAUUCAAGCAGGCUGGUAUUGCUGAAGAUGUUUGGAUGUCACACAUUAAAGAAAUGGCACUUCUCGCUUUCGGGGAUCAGUGCUCACCAUGCAACCAAGAAUUCCAAUCGAGAAACUCGAUAAAAAGGUUUAUUAUUUAA